UUUUUUUAGUCAGUGAAACUUGACAAAAUGGCAGAAGACAACACUUACGAGUCAAUGCUCUGCGUAAAGCCUGAGGUUCAUGUUUACCGGAUCCCGCCGCGGGCCUCUAACCGUGGAUAUCGUGCUGCUGACUGGAAGCUGGAUGAACCUGCAUGGAGCGGUAGGAUGAAAAUCACUGCUAAAGGCAAAAUGGCCUUCAUUAAGUUAGAGGACAAAAAUACAGGAGAGCUGUUUGCACAAGCUCCAGUCGAACAGUAUCCAGGUUGUGUAGUUGAAGCAGUCACAGACUCCAGCAGGUAUUUUGUGAUCCGGAUAGAGGAUGGCAAUGGACGUCAUGCUUUUAUUGGUCUGGGUUUUGCUGACCGCGGAGACUCAUUUGACUUCAAUGUCGCUUUACAAGACCAUUUUAAGUGGGUGAAGCAAGAAGGUGAGCUCGCAAAACUGGAAGCUUCUCAGAGCGCAGCACCUAAACUGGACCUGAGCUUCAAAGAAGGACAGACCAUCAAGAUCAGCAUUGGGAACAUCAAGAAGAAGGAUGCAGGUGGUGCUAAACCGCGGCCGAUGGGUGGCGGUCUGCUCCCACCUCCACCAGGAGCAAAGGCUGGAGGGGUCAUGCCGCCUCCUGGCGGACAGCAGACAGUCGCAGCUGUUCAGUCUAACACUGCCGCUCUUUUAGACUUUGGUUCCCCUGUCCCUGCAGCCCAGCCCAGCUCUGACGUGUGGGGAGAUUUCACAUCUGCAGGUUCCAACUCCAGUAAAGAUGCUGUCAAAUCAGGAUGGGUGCAGUUUAGUUGAGUUGUGGGAGAACGUGCACACACUCAGGUUCCAUACAUUCCAUGGACAGGACCAUUGUGGCAAAACAGAAAGAAACUAAAAGAGAGGAACUGUUAGUAAAACUUGACCGGCUCAUUCACUGCACUUGUACUGUCAAGAAUCUGUUCAUGUAUAACUAUAGCCCGCUGACCAACACACUCUGGAGGAACAAACAGUACAAUGUACAUAUUCUUUACAAUCUUACUCUGUUUUUUCACUCUCUGCUAUGCAGUGGGAUCUGUCUUUUGAUUUUUAGUCACCAGGUAACCACUAAACUGUCACUGUUGGAGCCUCUGCUCCCUGUGAGAAAAGUGAGCAUACCGAUGGUUGAAGGGAAACGUCGUCUCCUCACACUAACCAGGUCGGAACGUCUAUCCAUUGCCUUAAAUCAAAUGUUCCCGUAUUUUAUUCCUUCCUCCUUUCACUCUCAAUCUGUUCAGAACCAGAUUUGAUUGUAUCCCUCUGGUCCUUGUCUUCACAACAUCAUGCAUAUAUUUUCUUUCUGCUAUCAUACAGUUAUCUCAUUGCACCAACACCACUCAUCUCAAGGUUUUCUUUACCAUCUGGGAAGGUAAAAUAGUUUACCUAUUGAAGUAUCCAUGUUUUGUUUAGGUGUGUACCAGUGUGUGUGUGUGUGCGCGUGUGAGUCUGUGUGUGUUUUGUUUUCUGCUUGUAGUUCUUGUUUUGGGAGAUCUUUCAAGGCUACAUUGAUAGCUGAUGAUUAGUUUUACAUUAAAGCUCUUAAGCCCUCAUCAUAAAUACCAGGAUUUUUUUAAUCACGGUGUUGGACUAAAGUCAUGAUUGCCAUUUUGUCAUUCAAAGUCUGAAAAUGUUUUGUUGGUUUAUUCAUGGUUGGUUUUGUGUACACCCCUCUUAUACCUUUUCCUCGUGUGCUGUUGCUUUUUUUAAAUGUGCCUUUUACCAAAUUGAAUUUUCCUAAAUCUUGUUGAUAAUUUGCAUUGAGUAUUUGAUUAAGUGCCUUUCUGAAAAAGAUCUAAAAUGUGUAUAAAAUGUAAACCCAUGUCUUCUUGUAAAUAAACUAUAUAUUUCAUUG